GGAUUUCGGAUAUGGAUUUGCUAAGCUUAAGCAAAAGUUUAACGCAACCAAGAAAAAGUGAAAAAGUGGAUAAUGCUUUGAUCCAAUCAACAAGUCUCUCUGGAUGGGAUUCCAAGAGUGUUAGGCCCGAAUCCAAACUUGUUAAAGAGAUCGUUGAUGAUUUUUUGAGCAAAUUGAAUCGGAAGUCAUCCUUUCAUGUUGAAGGACUAGUUGGGAUCGAUCACCAGAUAAUGAAAAUUGAAGAGCUACUACAUGAGUUUCGCAUUGUGGGAACGUGGGGUAUGGGUGGUAUUGGCAAGACCACUCUGCCAAAGUUGUGUUUCACAAUUUGAAAGCACAAUUUGAAGCUUUCUGCUUUAUUGAAAAUGUCAGAGAACAACUAGCUAGAAAGGGAUUGGAUGUAUUACAGGAAAACUGCCUUAAAGAAUUACUAAAAGAUGAGGAUAUCAACAUUUACAAGAUGAAAUCGACUUUUGUGAAAAGUAGGCUCCAACAAAAAAAAAUUCUUCUGCUGGUGCUUGAUGAUGUGGACAAGUUCAU